CCCGGCUGCCGAAAUAUUUAGUUUGCUCAUCUACAAAGUGAAGACUAUAAUCCUGCAACCAACAUGAACUUCUCGUGGCUUACCAUCUUCAUCUUCGCCAUCAUCGCCGUGGCUGUUUCAGCCAAGAGCUGCCCAGCUGGAUUCCAGAAGACUGGCCAGCAGUGCACCGUACAGCGCACCAUUCGUGGAGAGUGCCCACCUGGAUCCCAAUACAAACCUAAUGUGAACCUCUGUGUCUACCAGCACUAAAUAAAUCCAAAUAAAACCUAA